AAAAAGAGACAGCUUAGGACGAUGGAUCUCCGAGUGACAAGCGUUCUACUUCUCCUGCUGGCUUUGGCCGAGGCAACUCCUGAAAGAUACUACCAUGUGAAGAAGCAGCCCUAUCCUUCAAAGGUUCACACUGUUUCAGGUGAGCCAGGUAUACCAGGCACCCCAGGUGAACCAGGACCACCUGGACCCCCCGGGCCCCCUGGAGCUCCAGGAAAGAGUGGCAUGGGACACCCUGGACCACAAGGCCCACCUGGACCACCUGGCCCAUCUGGCUAUUCAGCACCUGGCAAACCUGGCACCCCUGGUGGACCUGGGAAACCAGGUCUCAACGGAAUGCCAGGUGAGAGAGGACAGCAAGGUCCAGCAGGACCUCAGGGUCCAAGAGGGGCACCAGGAGCUCCUGGUAGCCCAGGACCUGCUGGCAUCUCAUCUCCAGGAAAGCCUGGUCCACAUGGUCUACCUGGACCAAUGGGACCUAGAGGAGAGCCAGGUCUGAAGGGACAGCACGGUAUUCCUGGCCUGCCUGGCCAAAAAGGAGAUCCAGGUCAUGGCAUUCCAGGUGCACCAGGCAAAACAGGUCCCAUGGGACCAAUGGGUCCUGCUGGACAACCUGGUCAACCUGGAAUUGGAAAGAGCGGCCCACAAGGAUUCCCUGGUGAACCUGGAAAGCCAGGUUUGCCAGGUAGGGAUGGGGCUCCUGGAGCUAUGGGCAUGCCAGGUGCAAAAGGCCACACUGGUGCACCUGGAGUAGGUGCACCUGGAAAACCCGGUCAAAAUGGCUCUCCAGGUAUGCCUGGACCUAUGGGAGCAAAGGGUCCCCAAGGACCAGCUGGCCAACCUGGAGCUCCAGGUUUGCCAGGAGUGGGAAAACCAGGAGUGCCAGGAAUGCCAGGGGAAAGAGGAGGCCCAGGUUCACCUGGGACCACUGGUCAGAAGGGUGAGCCUGGACCAACAGGUUUCACUGGUCAGCCAGGUGCUGUUGGACCUAUGGGUCCUGCUGGUCCUCAGGGUGCUAGGGGAUUCCAAGGAGAGCAAGGGGCACAAGGGCCUAAAGGUGAUAUUGGUUUAAUGGGGCCACCAGGCCCAAGAGGUGGAAAGGGUGACCAGGGAGCACAAGGUUUUGCAGGGAAACCAGGAAUUCCUGGAGCUAUUGGUCCACAAGGUGCAACGGGUCCUCAUGGGCCUCAAGGCAGUAAAGGGGAGCCAGGCUUUACAGGUGCACCAGGCAUUCCAGGCUCUAAGGGACCACCAGGAGUUAAGGGGCAUCCAGGGGCACCAGGACUUCCAGGGGAGAGGGGGGACAAUGGUAUUCCAGGGGCAAGAGGACCAGUCGGACCAGUAGGUCCAGCAGGUUCCCCAGGUCUUAAAGGUCAUCCAGGUCUGCCUGGGCCUCCUGGCCCACCAGGACUUGUGGCUAAGGGAAUGAGUGGACCUCAGGGCCCUCCUGGAAUUCCAGGAGCCAGAGGUCACGAUGGUCUCCCAGGUCCAGCUGGACCACCUGGUCCACCUGGUCCCCCAGGAGAGAUAAUUUACCAUCAUGAGAAAAGCAUGCCAAUUAAAUCCCAUGAGCUAGUAAUGCCUGUUAGUCAUGAGUUGAUGAAGGCUCCCAUGUCUGCAUUUACUGCUCUAUUGACAAGGGCUUAUCCAGCUGCAGGAACUCCCAUUGUAUUCAGUCAGAUCGUGUACAAUGCAGAAAACCACUAUGACCCUAACAGUGGAGUUUUUACCUGCCAAGUCCCUGGAAUCUACUACUUCUCCUUCCACAUGCACGUCAAUGGGGCAAAUGCAUUGGUGGCGCUUUACAAAAAUAGUGAGCCUGUAAUGUUCUCUUAUGAUGAGUACAACAAAGGUUUCCUGGAUCAAUUGUCUGGCAGUGCAGUCCUCCUGUUGCAUACCCAUGAUACAGUAUAUAUCCAAGUCCCAGAUGACCAAUCCAAUGGCAUUUAUGCUGAUGACAAUGUCCACUGUUCCUUCUCUGGGUUCUUGAUUGCCUCAACGUGA